AUGGCGGAUGUACAGCACGCACCUCUGCCAGAAGCAUCACAGCCUCAACCAAUACCUGGGGCUGUCCAGAUGCCUGCUCGAUCUUCAGCUACUGUGGCCCCAUCCUCCGCAAGUCGAUUGCGCAACUCCUAUCUCAAUCCCGACGUGUUUUCUCCAGUCAACCAGAAUGGAAGCUACGAGUGUGAUCGUGUCCUCAAAAGCGGUUUCGUCCAGAAGCGGACUCGCAAGACAAAGGCUUGGAAGCCUAUAUUCCUAGUCCUUCGGGCGAAUUACCUGUCGAUAUACAAAGACCAGAACGAGGACAAAUUGCGGCAAAAAAUCAACCUGGCAGACCUCACUGCCGUCGCCUUCCUCAAAGAUCCCAAGCAAAAGCGACAGAAUGUCUUUGGUUUGUUCUCACCGUCGCGUAACUAUCACCUCGAAGCUGCGUCGAGAAGGGACGCUGAGGAAUGGGUCGACCUUAUAAGAAGAGAAGCACGAAUCGAAGAGGAAGAAGAGGAGUUGCUCCUUGCGAGUCCCGGAGGAAAUGGAACAGGCACAUACAACGGGUUUGACAGAGCAAUGCAACACUACAAUCAGUCAAGACGAUUGUAUGAUGACCGACUAGGAUCCAGUUCCCCCGAACCCCACGAUCCUAUACCUCGAACGGCAAGAACGAAAGCCCUCGGUCUCACUGGCCAGCGACGGACAUCGCAUACAAUUGAGUAUUCUGGGAACGAAUUAGCGUCUCAAUCAGACUUCUCGGACCUUGAACCGUCAAGAGCUCGAGGCACUUCUAGUGUCUCCAUACCAGAAGAACCCGGGGCUGUUCAGGCCGGUGACCGACCGAUGCUUGGACGAAAUAUAAGCCAGAUGAGCGGUUUCAACAUGGAGUUGGAUCCCGAGCGUGUCGUGUGGCAGGGUUACCUCCUAUACCUGAAAAACAAAGGAGGAGUUCGGCAGUGGAAGGACCUGUGGGUUGUAAUCAGGCCGAGGAAUUUCGCUCUGUACAAAAACGACUCCGAGUACUCGCCCACGCUCAUAAUACCGCUGUCCUCCGUCAUCAAUGCUGUGGAGAUUGAUCCCCUUUCGAAAACGAAGAGGCAUUGCUUGCAAGUUAUUACGGAAGAGAAGAGCUACAAAUUCUGCGCUCAUAAUGAAGAAGGAUUGGAUAAAUCGCUGGGGGCGUUCAAGAGUUUGCUAGCGAAAAGGAAGGAUCAGGAGACGAAGACCAAUCGUUCUCGAUAA